AUGGCACCUCCAAAUGAGGUCACAGUGCCUUCGAUGCGGCGAGUUAGGAAAUCCGUCGGAGCCAACGCAGAAAUGAAACGCACUGUUGACAAAGAAAAUGCGACAGUUGACGUUGCCCGCACGCUGGCUGACGAUCGCAAGAAGUCAAGAAGCAAGAGUAUGGGCCCUGGGGGGCUCGAUGCGUUGAAACAUGCAACAGGGAACCGCCGCGCAUCUAUCGCUGCACCCGCAAAGCCGAGGUCGAUUCUUAAGCCAACUAUAUACUCCGUGCAGGAUAUUCCACCUCUAAAAAAUGAAAGCCGGCGCACGAGAAAUCCAAACGAGUCUCGAGACUCAACGAAGUCUUUGAUUUCCUCCAAUGAUGACAGCACAAGUGGCUCCAAGGUGGCGCUCAAAACCGAGGAGGAGCAGCAAGCCGCUGCGCGAGAACGAGAUGAAAGAGAGCGAAGAGACGCUCGGCGCAAGUCCUUGGCGAACAGGAGGGUAUCCUUUGCUGCCGAGGCUACGUUGCAUACUUUUCACGAAAUAGAAUAUAUGCAAGAUUCGACUACUUCUACAGACUCAUCGCGAAGAGCAUCAUCAUUCAGGGGAGCCGAAUCAUCAGGAGCAGUAAAAUCGCCUGAUGAUCAAAGGUCCAACAGAAGAAACUCGGAACUCCCACCUCUAAACUUCCAUAAUACCGACGAUGAUACCCUCACAUCAACCAUUUAUAGUUCCGACUCAGAGCCACCCGACGCCGUAGAAGAGAUUGAGGAAGACAGUGGCUCUAGCGGUGACUCAGAUGACGGAACAAUGAUGACAAUCGAGACAGAAGAAGUCACUGGGACCACUGUUGCGUCUGAGCGGUAUGGGUCUGACGACGAAUCGUCGACUCUUGAUCGCGCUCUGAGAAUGGCUGCACAGAGGGCCGGUACGCAACGACUUGAUGAUGACGAUAAUGACAAGCUGGAUGAUGAUGAAGAGGUCAUUCCAUCUUUUGGCUGGGUAAAGAAGAGUAAUGCCUCGACUUCUGCUCAGGGGGCAAGCGAUUUGAUGUCUCAGCAAGAGGAAGGGAUAGAAAUGGACGUGGACAUGGACAUGGACAUGACAGGCGCUGUGGGACGAAUCAUCAAGUCGCAAGAACCGGAAGAAUUUGAUAGCCAUGAAGGUCUAACUAUGGAUAUCACUCAGGCACUCGGGGGAAUCUUGUCGGAAGGAAAGGGCGAGCCAGUUGCCCAAGACGACGCCUCAACGGAGGCAGCAAUGGAAUUCACAACUGCAGUCGGUAGGAUUUACCAACCGCAGACUGUGUACCAAGAUGAGUCUGAUACGAACGAAGAUUUUUCAAUGGAGUUUACCGCAGCUAUGGGCGGUGUCCUCCCGUCAGCAAACCCAUCCAGUGCCAAUACUGGUCGACGACAUACUCUGAAUCGACAGGGGGAAGCCGGAAUGGAAGAUGCUACCAUGGAUAUGACCGUUGGAUAUGGCAAUAUCCUUCCCUGUAAUAUGCAUGAAGGCGACCAUACUGUUCAAGGAGACGAGACUAUGGGUAUGGAUAUAACGACUGCUCUUGGGGGGAUUAUUGCCAACGGUGAUGCCACCUCCCGAAGUCUCGAAAAGAGAGCAACGGAGGGAAAAGACGACAAGCCAAAUAGCCCAAAGCGAGGGAUCAUGGCAGUUAUCUCGCAAAAGACACCGACUCGGCGAAGUUCUCGAUUAUCUGGAAUGUCUCAAAAUGCGUCCCCGAGCACCAAGCUUGAAAGCCCUGGUUUGACUGCCUUCGGCGGGAAAGAAUUGCACCGAAGCACUGGGCCGCAAACACCAGACACGAUAUCAUCUCCGCUCAGGACGCCAACGCCAUCACCACCUAAACCCUCACCACCCAGAGCCCAAGCCGCAGCCGCUAGGGCUAUGGCACGUGGACCUAAAAGCAAGAGCCUAGGAUCCACGACGCCUCGAGGUAGGGGAGUUGCCCAGUUAGACCAGUGCCAGUCGCCAACCAAAUCUUUGACGCCAAGACACUCAUUGUUUCGAAAUGAUGGGAAAACUGGAGGAAGAACGCCAACUAUAGUGUUGACACCACAGACUCGUCGUUUGUCAGGAGUUGGAGCUGACAAAAGCGGACUUGGAUCACCGAAAGUGACCGCGUUACUUGAGAGACGUAGCUCCAUUAGCGACAGCGCUACAGAUUUUAUCCCGGGCAAGCGAGAGGGGGCAUUUGAGGAUCCUAAGACGAUGGAGGAAGAGAUUGAUAGGGAGCGUAAAGUCGAGGAAGAAAAGGAGAACCGACGAAAGAUACUUGAGCGUGAAGUCGAUGGGCCACAAGAGGACAGAGAAGCUACACUCAAUCUGAGAGAAAUGAUUGACAGCUUGAGCCCGAAACGAAAUGCCCUGAAAGGGAGGAAGAGUCUUCAUGUUGGAAGCGCCAAGGGUCUUCUGGGAAAGCGACCACUAGAACUAGACGAUGAUGAGGAUUCGGAAGAGGAUGACGGGGUGAAAAGGCUUAAGGGGCACAAUGCCAGUCCUGUCAAAAAUAUUAAGCUACAGCAACCGCCGUCUGUAGCUGAAACCACCGGAAGACUCACGAGAGCGCCUCGGAAGAGCCUUGAACCUCAAGGGGGUAACACAACGUGUUCUCUUUCCUCACCACUGAAGAAAGAUUCAGCCACGAUGCCACGACGACCAGGGCUUUUCCAAAAUCUAAGAGAGAGCCAAACUGUUCACGAAGUCAACUUUGACCAGUCUCAUGGUAUAGACACCGAAAUACUGAAGCCGGACGUUGACAAUGAGAGGAUACAUCUUCAAGACUUCUUGAACAUGACAUCAAUUCGCUUCAUGGAACUGACAACAACCAAGCGACGUCACACAGUUGCGCCCAAGAGACGCCAGGAUGGAUCAUCUGGCGAUGGAGAGGAUGACAUGUCGCUUGAGCGUUGCGUCGUUGCAGGUGCUUGUACUGUCCCUAUGCUGGAGCUAUACCAACACUCGUGCAGAGAACUCAAGAACUACAUAGCUGAAGGCAGACGCAUGGUGAAAGAGAUUGAGGAAGAGACUUUCGAGGUCAAUCCGCCAUUAUUUCACGAGUACAUGUGUGCCACGUCCGAUGUCAAAGCGCUUAUGGACAAUCAGUUCAAGAACGUCAAGACGCAUGCCAGACUGCUGAGCAAAGCAAUGUGGUACGAGUGGAGGAUGAAGCUUCAAGAGGGUCUGAAAGAGGGUCUCAUGACUAUCGCUCAAGGUAUGGACGCCGAUGAAAAGAUGAUCAAGGAAAGAGAGGACUUGUUAUCAGCAGUUUUGCCCGGUGUGUUGGAAAGAUACGAACGAUUAGAAGAAGAGAGCGGCAAUCUGGAUGAAGCAGCCAAGGAGCUUGCGGAUUGUGAUCCGGCUGAGCUGCAGGCUGCGAGAGAUGAGUUGACGGACUUGGAUGCGGAUAUUGACGCCAAGAAAAGACUGAUUGAAGAGUUCCGAGAGCAACUCGAGUCCUCUACAUCGGAGGUCGAAGACGUUGCUGCAAAGAAGCAGAAUCUCGUGACUAGGAUCCAACAGUCCGAAAAGGUUCGAGAAGCAUGUCGUGGCUGGACUGGCAGCGAGGUCGAAAACCUCAAAUCUCGCGUCGAUGCUCUUGAGAAAGAAUAUGGCUGGGGCGUAACUGGCCUGUCAGGUACAAAUCUUUCCAUGACUUAUAGACGAGAAAUCGAGGUUGUUUUCGACGUUGCCUCAUUUCAGCCGCAUCGAAAGAAUUCUCGAAUCGAUCUGUGGUAUAUCGGGGACAACAUGAACGGCCGCCUGCAAUCAAAGACGGCAGAAAAGGAAUUCUUCCUUCAGUGUAUUAGAGAUCACGUUCGCGCGCUGCCACAGAGUCGGACAAAGAUUUUGGAUCUGCUGAAUAUUGUUCGCAACGCCUGGGACAAGGCGCGCUUUUUGGCCUUGCAGCUUCAUACGGUGAACAUCACUUUCCCGACCUACGUGACCAAGACGUCUGAUUCGAGUGUUGCCGUAACGAGCUCAUUGCUGUUGACGCCACUUCGAACAAGAAUUGAGACGACCCUGCAUCUCCAUGGUCACAGCGCAACUAAGGGAGUUGAUGUCGAAAUCUCUGCGCAAGUCAAGGUUGUUUACGGCGAACACUUCAACGUGAAUAAGGUGGGGGAGUUCCUGUCGAGCAAGAUUGGCGAUAAGCUGGGGGACAAGGGGGAUGAUUGGAGCGAUGUGCUGGUUGAACUUCAGCAGAGAUUAAUCGCGAGAGGUAAAAAGCAAAUGUCUAGCGUGACGCAGUAA